AUGGACCCGUCCCAUGAUAUGCAUGACGAUUUUGAUUAUUCGUAUCAUCUUCAAAUGGCUCUUUCACAGUUGAAUGGUGAACCUGCGUACCCAAUGGACGUCGGGGACGUCGUACUCGAUGACGUGCAUUUUCCGAAACCGGCAGAUAUGGCAGCUAUGGCUGAUGCAGAGGACAUUGGACCACCACCAAGUACAAACGAAAUUAUCGAAGAUAUUUUGGCAAAUGUGGACAACUAUCCUAAAACACUACAGACUUUGAUGCAGAGAGGUCUUCUCAAGAAGAAGCAGCAGUGCAAGAAAUGCGAAAAACCGAUGCAUUUGAGACGGAGAAAGUGUUCUUAUGAGUGGCGCUGUCGUACAAAAGAUAAAAAAGGUGAUUGCUCAUCGUGUUCCAUCAAGUCUGGAAGCUGGUUUGAAAACACGAAGCUAUCCUUUAAAAUCAUAUUCAAUGUUUUAGUAAUGCACUGUAAAAACUAUUCCUCUGGACACAUGUCAUCUAUUCUGAAAUUAUCAACUCAUUCAAUCAAUGAAGCUCGCCGUAUGGUUCACGAGUUGACCGACAGAAUCGCUAGUAGAUAUCCAAGAAUUGGAGAAAAAACAAAAAAUGUCUAUCUAGAAAUCAUCACAAUCAAGGGAAAAAACGAUGUUUACAAAGUGUUAGCAGGACAGGAGAUCGGGACCAAUCACUGUUUUGCUGCAGUUCUGAAUGAUUGUUCAGCUGCUCUCAUCGAAAGAAUUAAAACCGUAAACGUGGAUCCACAGGCCAAAGUUACCAUGGUGAAGACGGUCAAGGAUGAUGAUCCAGAUUUCGCGUCAGUCGCAGCUAUCUUCUUCGAUGAGAAAAACUACUACGCUUAUGCUAGAGACCAAUUUUUCUGUAAUCUUCGUGAAAAUCCACUGGAGCACUUUCUGUCAACCAGAGUUACCCUACAAAGCUGGUUGAAUGAUCAAGUGGUUCGAAAAACAGAAGGAAUUAAAAUGUUGGAGAAAUGUGUGGAAGAGUUGAAGACUUUCACAUCUAAAAAAUCUCGAUGA